AUGUCAAGAGCCAUUCUUUUCCUCACAAACAGUGAGCUUGGGCAGUGCAAUGUUGCGCUAGCGGUGGCCGAGGAAUUCCUCAGUCGCGGGGAAUUUAUCGUUCAUUUCGGGUCCUUCCAACAAUUAGCCCCGCUUGUUAAUGAUAUGAACGAACGCCUUCAUUGCGGACACACUGCUCAAUUUCAUGAGAUUCCCGGUCCUUCGAUGGAGGAUCUUUCAAUUCGUUGUCACAUUGAGAACAUUUCCCACCGACCGGGCGUGAGAGGGACAAUACAAGGCUACCGGAAGAUCAUCAGAAUGAUGCAGCACUGGACGCAGUCAGAAUACUUCAAAGCGUUUAGAACCUGUGUUGCGCUUAUCGAAGAGCUGCGUCCGAAAAUCGUGGUGACAGACCCGAUUUUUCAGCCAGGUCUUGAGGCAUGCCAAACGACUGCAGUUCGAAUGGCUGUACUGUGGCCAGUCCCUUUGAAAGAUGUGGUCAUUGGCAUUCAGCCCAUCAGCGCCAUUCUUGGCAAGUAUCCGGUAACAGGUUCUGGUUUCCCAUUUCCGAUACCCUGGAGCCUCGUGCUUUCAAACGCGUUCCUGAUAUUUCGUGCGAUCUUGAUGAUCGCCAUGGCAAGGCCCAAGCCGGAUGUCUCUUUGGACGGCAGACGACCAGAAGGGAAAGGCGCAUUUCCACUUAUCCAAGCCUACUCCAAGAGGUCCCUGAAUCUCACGCCCGCGUUCAAGGAACUAGACUUUCCGCUGGUGAUUCCAGAUAAUGUUGUCUCGUGUGGCCCGAUUGUCCGCGGGCAUUUACCGCUCUCGGUGGCAGAUGCUCAGAUUGAUGCCUGGCUCACAAAGCCAACAAUUUUGAUCAGUCUGGGGUCGCACGCGCCACUGACAGAAAGCAAUGCUCUUCAAACAGCAAAGGGUAUUGUAGCUCUCACGACCCAGAUGCCGGAUCUCAAAAUCCUCUGGAAGCUGAAGUUUGACUGGCAGAAUUCGAAAGAGUUCAAUGAAGUCCUAGGGAAGGAUAUAAAGGAAGAUAGGAUCAGGAUAGUUCCAUGGAUUCAAGCCGACAUCAUGUCUGUCCUGGAUUCUGACCGGAUUGUCGCGUUUGUUCACCACGGCGGGGGAAACUCAUUUUUCGAAGCAUGCAAGGUCGGUGUUCCCCAAGUCAUAUUGCCUCAAUGGUUCGACACUUACGAUUGCGCAACUCGAGUCGAAUGGAUUGGGAUCGGAGCUCAUGGCAGCCGAGCCGUAGCUCCUGAUAUUGAAGCAGAGCAAUUUUCAAAAGCUCUUCGCCGAGUCCUGACAGACGAGGACCUGAAGUGUCGUGCCAGAGCUGUUGGCGAUCUUUGUCGGGAGGAAGGACGCGUCAAUGCCUAUCAUCAGAUCCUCGAAUUCUGCACAAAGUCCGAAUCAGAUUAA